AUGAACGAUCUAAACUCACUAGACUGGUCAGCUCCUCCAAAAAAUGCUAACAGUAGCUCAGCCCCAAGCAAGCAGUAUCAUACCCUGCUGCCAAGCUCAAACCCCCAAAAUUUCAGUCCAAAUACGCCAUCCGUUACCCAACACAGCGGAAACUGCAGACUUACUCCCGGGACACCCGCUACACCCAAAACCGUUUCUGGUGACAGUUUUUCCAAUCUUGUAUCAUUUGGCUCAAGUAAACAGACUGAUAUAACCUUGCGAGAGAGGCAAGAGCAGCUAGAAGUAGAUAGGAGGAAGCAAGAGGAAAAAAAGAAAAAACAAUUCGAGGCACAAUUUAGCAAUGAUGCUUUCUGGAAUGAAGUAGGGAGCAAAAGCCCAGGAGAUCCAUUGGUACCGUACAAUUUUUCCAAAAAUAAAACGAACAAAGUUGCUAGCACCUCGUUACAAAACUCGCCCAUUCCAAGAAGAAAUGUUGUUAAAGAAUUUGAAACAGAAGAAAGUCUUUUCAAAGCUUUUAAUUAUAGCACAACGGUCGACAACUCAAGCCAUUAUCCCCCACCCUCCAUGACAGAGAAUAAGACCCCCGAGAAAAAUAUAAUUGGUAGGAAACAAAUUGAUUUGAGUAAGCCUGAAGCGUGGAAUUUAUCACAGUCUCUAUCUGGCGCUAAAUUUGAAGAUGACGAUCCGUUUGGGCUGGCCCCUACGUUGACAAAUAAUUUAGAAUUACCGUCAAAUGAAGAGGCUCUAGAUGAUGACUUUUUGGGAAACCUAGGAAAACCGGUUGAGUAUGUCAAAAAAUUAAGCUCUAAUAAUAUAAGUUCCACCCCAAUUUCAAAUGAAGACGAUCCAAUGCAAAUUUCCCUCGCUAAGCUUGUGGACAUGGGAUUCACUGAAGAACAGUCUCGACGCGCAUUGUCCGAGAGUGGCUCUGGUCUUGACACACAAGCCGCAGUAAGUUGGAUACUAAAUGAUGCCCAUAAGCAGACAAGAAAAAUACAGGUCGGGAAAGAUACAAGUAGUACAAAUAUUACCACACAACCUGAAAGAAAAGCUCCUUAUCUCGACAAUAAGAAUAAUCCAACUGACAUUACCUGGAUGAGCGAUGAGCGCCAUUCACCAUCGCGCUCAAAAUUAGGGAACAUUCGACUUUCAAACGAUAAUUUAGAUAUAUCCAAGGCCGCAGUUGCUGUGAGUAGCAAUUUACUGAAGACAGCAAAUUCUCUUUGGAAAAAUUCACAAAAAAAGGUACAAAAGGCAGUCGCAGAAUUUCAACACCAAGAUUCUGAUCCGAACCAUCCUAGAUGGAUGCGAGACGCACCUGAUCACGAAACAGUGCAACACGCAAGCAAUUUUAAAGGAUCUCUAAGAAGCCGUCGCAAUUCUUCGGUAACAGAUGAAGCUCUAUUACUGGAGAUUGAUGGCGAUAUAAAUCAAAGGAAGCUGAGGUCGACUGAGACAAAACUUUCUUUCCAACAUUCAUCACGCGAACGAUCCACCUCCAAUCCACGAUUACCUUCAGAAUUAAGCCGCUCCUCUGCUCGAUCAUAUCAAUUUUCUCAAUCCAAUGAUGUGUACAAGAAGGAUGGAGAUGAUAUCAAGACAGAGAAAAUUUAUGUAAGCCCUGCCCGGCGAAGAAUAGCAACGAUUCAUCCACAACCUACAUUACCUAAAACAGAACCAACCGUCUCAGUCAAACCCUCAAAGCUAUCAAAUAUACUACAUGAAUCCAGACAAACACCAUCCUCUACUUUAAAGUCUUUUGUAUCUAAACCUUGCAAGCCUAAUGUGCCAGCACGACAAUUACCUGAUCUUUCUUCGAAAGAUCUUCAGAUAUCAACUCAGCAUCGAAUAGCUGGUACUUCUCAUUUCAAACGCGGUGACUAUGCCUCUGCACAUCUUUCGUACAGCUCCUCUAUCUCCGCUCUACCUUCUUCGCAUCCUAUCAUAAUUGUGCUACUCUGUAAUAGAGCUCUAACCUCCUUAAAAACGGGGCUUCCAAAGUCAGCUGUUUCUGACGCCAAUAUAGCACUUGACUUAAUUGGGGAGUCACGUGGUGAUACCGAAGUCAUUGACUUGGGUCCCGGUGAGAGCGGAGGUAUUAAAAAUAUGAGAGAGUACUACGGAAAGGCAUUAAUGCGAAAGGCUGAGGCUUUGGAGCAAAUGGAGCAUUGGAAGGAUGCUGCCGAGGUAUGGAAAAACUGCGUAGAACAAGGCAUUGGCGGAUCAACAGCAGUUCAAGGCCGAACACGAUGUGAAAAAUCAUCUUCGCCGCAGCCAUUGCAGAAAACAAGAAACAAAAAUACCAGGAUUAUUCCCGUUUCAAAUUCACGUAUCACCACUGAAGAUCCUGACUCAGUUGCUGUCAAGAAACUACGCGAGGCAAAUAAGCAGGCCGAAAAACUAGACCAUGAAAAAUCUAUUCUCAGCGAAAAAGUCGAAGCCCGAGUUGAUAUGUGGAGGAAUGGUAAGCUAGAUAACUUACGCGCUUUAAUUGGUAGUUUAGACGCUGUCAUGUGGGAGGGCAGUGACUGGAAAAAAGUUGGCAUGCAUGAAUUGGUGCAGAAUAAUAGGGUUAAAAUUAAUUACAUGAAAGCCAUUUCUAAAACCCACCCCGAUAAGUUGCCGCAAAAUGCUAGCACCGAGGUACGGAUGAUUGCAGCACUAAUCUUCGCGACUUUAAAUGAAAGUUGGGAUAAGUUUAGGCAACAAAACGGUCUAUAA